AUGUCUUGCGCGUCACCUAGACUACUGAGUUAUGGAAGGGAUUGGUCGUUGGCUGUGCCUGGAACCUACAAACCACACCUGCCGUUAGUGCGUUUAGCAGGUGUGAAGAAUUGCCUUAUGGUGAUGACGUCAAAGCAACAUCCUCGAAAGUGCACAAUGCUGGGGUCUAAUGGCAAGUCUUACGUCUUCCUGUUGAAGGGCCACGAGGAUACUCGUCAGGAUGAACGUGUCAUGCAGUUCUUCGGUCUUAUCAACACUCUUCUCAUGUCGCAUCCAGAUACACUUCGCAGAAAUCUCACGAUCGAACGGUUCUCGGUUAUUCCACUGUCAACCAACACUGGCCUCAUUGGUUGGGUACCCAACAGUGACACCGUCCAUAGUUUGAUUCGUGAGUAUCGUGACAAGACUGACAUCACUUUGAAUCAAGAGCAUCGUGAAAUGCUCCAUUUGGCUCCUGAUUUUGAUCGACUCAACCUUAGUCAAAAGACAGAGGUGUUUGAGGCUGGUCUCAGGGUUUCAAAUGGCAGAGAUUUGGCUAACAUACUGUGGUAUAAGAGUCACAACUCUGAAGUGUGGUUUGAGCGUCGAACGUCAUUUAUUCGCUCUCUUGCUGUCAUGUCAAUGGUCGGCUACAUUCUUGGUCUUGGUGAUCGGCACCCUUCAAAUCUGAUGCUCUGUCGUGAAACUGGGAAGAUAAUUCACAUCGAUUUUGGUGAUUGUUUUGAGGUGGCCAUGAUGCGUGAAAAGUAUCCCGAGAAAAUUCCCUUCCGUUUGACCCGCAUGUUAGUUGCCGCCAUGGAGGUAACUGGUAUCGACGGCACCUAUCGCCACACCUGUGAAACUGUCAUGCAACUCAUGCGCUCAAAUCGAGACAGUCUCCUCGCUGUCCUCGAAGCCUUUAUUCACGAUCCACUCUUGCAGUGGGUUCUCCUUGAUACUAAGAAACCCACUCUAGCUGGAAAUGGACAAGCUCCUGGUGCAGUAGUCUUACAGCAACAUCCAAAUUGUGGUGGCAGAAUCGUUCCAGGUCAACAGAUGCUUCCAGAAGCUUCUACAGCCAGAUACCCUCAACAAGUCUCAAAAGCGGCCCCUCAGCUACAAGGUGUUGGUGGAAGGAAUCCCACGAACCCUAUUAUUCCCUAUGUGUUUACAGAUCCCAACUAUCCAAGUAGUUUGUCUCUCAGGGACUGUCGACACAUUAACCCUUGGCGGCACCAUCUUUGCAAUGGCCCAUGGCUUGGGUGCUAUGAGACUGCCAAAGGAAUGCGACGGCAAACUGAGGCUGGCGCCAUCGUUUGUGAUCGCGUUGGAAUGCAGAACUUCAUCUUCUCUGCGAAACCACCAUCGGAAACAGAUAUGUACGACGACUUGCAAUCUGGCGGAAUGGGCAACGCUAGAGCUCGUGACGUUCUAAGCAGAAUUCGUCGAAAAUUGGAUGGGAAUGAAAAUGCAAUCCAGACAACUAUUCAGCAACAAGUGGAUGAUCUAAUUCGUGAAGCAACAUCUACCAGAAAUAUUAGUCAAAUGUACAUUGGUUGGUGCGCCUUCUGGUAA